AUGGAUGAGUAUACGUUGAGCCUCAGCGAAACCUGGAUGAGUUCCAACAUCCUGGCCAAGCUCGCUCGAUCCGUAGAACCGAUUUGCUCGACUACCCAAUAUCGCCACGAUGUCCUCCGAAAUAUUCUCUGCGAUCCCUUCCCCGUCGAAUCAGCCAGGCUCAAUGGAGCGAGAACCUCAUUGCCAACAACGCCAUCGCCCCGUCCUCGCGGGACGGCCGCCGACUUUGUCAAGGCUGAUUGGACACUCUGGGGCCGUCAGGAGUGGGCGAAAUGGCCGGGAUUCGAGCGUUAUACUGGCGGUCAGGACACGAGGGCCUGGUGGCAGCAAUUUGGGUAUCGUGUUGAGGACCGUUCCACCUCGCGCCAGGGCAAUAAGCUGAAGUGGAUCUGUGCGGACUGCUUCGCCCGAGGCUUUAAGAAGAAGUCAGACUUCUGCUUCGUCUGCUCGACCGGGGCCGCCAUCAAGAAGCACCUUCGCCAAGCCCACGGGAUUCUGGCCCCAAACGAAGUUGCCCGCGGCAUGGGGGCUUCAUCUCUAGAUCACCAGAAAAUCACCCACUUCAUCGACGCCGACGUUAAUAACCCUCACGACCAGUUUCUUCUCGGCAAGUUGCGUGGAAGAUUCAGCAGCAAAGGGCUUCGGAUUCUCCUCCUCGACUGGAUUACGUACCAUAAUUUGCCGUUCGACAUCGUCAAUACCGAGCGGUUCCAACGCAUCCUUCUCUACGGCAAUCCGCUACUUGAUGCGGCCCAUAUUCCCUCUGCGAAGAAGGGUCUUCGCAUGCUCGAAUCUGAGUAUAGUGGCGCAGUGGGUCCGGUGACCGAAGUGUUGCGUAGCGCUCGAUCCCAAAUCCAUUUCUCCUUCGACGGUUGGACAUCCAAGUCGUAUGCUUCAUUCCUCGGGAUCAACGCUCAAUUCAUCGACCAUAGUUUCGUUCAACACCGAAUUCUCCUUGGGCUUCGACCUCUCUCGGGCAGACACGACGGCGUAUCGCUUGCCGACGAGGUCGCUGAUACGCUCGCAUUCUGGCAGAUCAACGACCCUGACAAGCUAGGGUACUUCACACUCGACAAUGCUGCUAACAACAACACCUGCAUGGAAGAUCUUGCCUUCGAACACAACGUCUCUCCCGAAGAGCGACGGAUUCGCUGCGCCCCGCAUAUCUUCAACCUCUGCGUGCGGGCUCUGCUCUACGGGUCGAAGCGGGAGAAUUUUGCUGCAAUUGUAGCAGCGGAUGGCGACGACCAGGAUGAGGAUGAGCAGCAGAUUGAUCACGCUAUCGACGAGGUUCUGGAUGGAGAGAUGGACAACGAGGACGAGAAGAUGCAAGCCGAUGCUGUCAUACACCCAGACGAAGACUUCAUGUCGUCCCACCCGGCUCCAGAGGAGAUAAACGCGACUAGUUUUAGGGAGUAUGGCCAGUAUGGCGCGCCGGGAAUGCUUCAUAACAUCGGGCUUCAGCUGCGAGCAAGUCCACAACUCUAUGAGCAGUUUCGUCAGUCUCAACGUAAGGAAUCCGGCAAGGAAUCCACGCUCCACUGGGUCUUUAACAACGCCACCAGGUGGGACUCGGACAUGCGUAUGAUGGAGAGAGCCCUUCUCCGGCCGGUGCUCAAUACCUUUUUCAACGACGUUCAGAACCGGUGGGAGACGGAGAGCGCUAGCGAGAACACGAAGCCAGCAGUUCUACAGUACCGGUUAAGUGCCGGUAUUCCCGGAGCGAGGUCCACUUGUGGAAGUUUCGAUGAAUACUUCCCUGUCUUCGAGAUCCUCCUUGAUCACCUUGAAAGCGCCAUUGAAGGUACAAUAUUGGAAGAGGUUGAGGAUCCAGUGAGCAAGGAGAAGAGGGAUGUCGAAGUUGCCAUCUUCGACGGCCUUGACAACAAAACUCGGAAAUUGCUCAAGGUCUUUAUCAGGCUUGGAUGGAAGAAGUUGCAUAAAUACUACAACCGUCUGACUAGCGCCGCCUAUGUAGGCGCUGUUGUUUUCAACCCGGCGAAGAAAUGGCGUCUUCUAGAUCGACUUUGGUCUCGGGUACCAUCCCGUAAGACCAAGACUUGGCGAUCGGAGUACGAAGAAAAACUGUUGGAGAUCUGGGAGAAGUAUAAGGAGCGCGAAGUUGGCUGUGAGGUGUUCGCUUCGACUGACGGGGCCUCGAUGGAUUACAUCGAGCGGAGGCUUGCAAGGAGUGUAGCUGGCCCACCAGGUACGCAGACUUCGCCCUUUGCAGCGUCCUCACGCGGGGGCAAGAGCACCCGAAAGACAAAACAGUCGGCAGCGGGAGCGAUGGCUGACGAUGAAUAUGCUCGGUACUGCGCUGAGGAUGUUGUAAACAGUCACCACUACAGAAGCAGGCCGAUUGACUGGUGGAAAAUUAACGGCCACCGGUACCCGCGACUGUCUCUAAUGGCAGUUGAUAUGCUGACUAUUCCAUCGUCUUCCGCGGAGAGCGAGAGGACGUUUAGCAGCUCUGGACGUAUGAUGGUGCCAUUGCGGAGCCGACUGAGGAGGGAAAUAGUGGCGAUGGCUCAAUGCAUUCGAUCAUGGAGUAAAGCUGGGAUCUACACACCUUCAUUGCCGCUUCUUAGCCUCAGUGAAGAUACCUGGGCUGACAUCCUUGUGUCGCUCAAGGGGACGGGUGACAUUUAA